AUGGGCGCCUCGGCGGCGGCGGCGGAGCGGCGGAGGCGGCGGCGUCGCGGGGAGCUGCUGCGGGGGCAGCUGGGCGCGCUGGCCGCCCUGGCCCUGCUGCUGGCCGGCCGCGGCGGUUACGAUGCUUUGAGCUAUUCUGUGGAAAAUGAUGGCAAGUGGAGCGGGAGACAGCUACUGCAAGCAAAUGAGGACAACACGACGGAAGUCCCAGGGGACGGGGGGAAGCUGUAUGUCAGAAAUUGCACUGAACCAGCUCUCCAUGAAUUCCCCAAUGACAUCUUCACGAACGAGGACAGGAGGCAUGGAGCUGUCAUCCUGCAUGUCAUCUGUGCCAUGUAUAUGUUUUAUGCUUUGGCAAUUGUCUGCGAUGAUUUCUUUGUCCCUUCAUUGGAAAAGAUUUGUGAACGCUUGCAUCUUAGUGAAGAUGUGGCUGGGGCGACUUUCAUGGCAGCUGGAAGCUCUGCUCCAGAGUUGUUUACAUCUGUCAUAGGUGUUUUUAUCACAAAAGGAGACGUAGGCGUUGGAACCAUCGUAGGCUCUGCUGUAUUUAACAUUCUCUGUAUUAUUGGUGUGUGUGGGCUGUUUGCAGGACAGGUUGUUGCACUGUCAUCAUGGAGUCUCUUGAGAGAUUCAAUCUACUAUACACUGUCUGUUGUUGCACUCAUUGUGUUUAUUUACGACGAAAAGGUUUCCUGGUGGGAGUCCUUGGUCUUGGUGCUGAUGUAUGCCAUCUACAUCGUUAUCAUGAAGUACAACUCUACCAUACAACACUGCUUGGAAAGGAAGACAAAAAACGCAGCAAACAUGGUGAAUGGAUUGGCAAAUAACACGGAAAUGGAUGACAACAGCAACUGCGAUGCCACAGUGGUGUUACUAAAGAAAGGUAACUGUUCCAGGAAUUUCCACCGUAAAGCCUCAGUGAUCAUGGUGGAUGAGCUGCUGUCUGCUUACCCACACCAGCUUUCAUUUUCUGAGGCUGGGCUCCGGAUCAUGAUAACCAGCCACUUUCCUCCCAAAACACGUCUCUCCAUGGCCAGCCGCAUGCUAAUCAAUGAGAGACAAAGACUGAUCAACAGCAGGACUUACACCAACGGUGAAUCAGAAGUAGCAAUCAAAAUACCUAUCAAGCACGUUGUGGAGAAUGGAACAGGUCCAAGCAACUCUUCUGAGCGGGGUGUGAAUGGCACACGGCGAGACGAGGACGUGGCUGAGGCUGGCAAUGAGACAGAGAAUGAGAAUGAGGAUAAUGAGAACAAUGAAAAUGAUGAGGAAGAGGAAGAAGAUGAUGACGAUGAUGACCAUGAAGGGCCAUACACGCCUUUUGAUCUACCCACUGGCAAAAUGGAAAUCUUGAAGUGGCUGUUCACGUGGCCAUUGAGCUUUGUGCUGUAUUUCACAGUGCCCAACUGUAACAAACCCCACUUGGAGAAAUGGUUCAUGGUUACCUUUGCUUCUUCUACCCUCUGGAUUGCAGCUUUCUCCUACAUGAUGGUGUGGAUGGUGACAAUCAUUGGCUACACGCUGGGAAUUCCAGAUGUGAUAAUGGGCAUCACUUUCUUGGCUGCAGGAACCAGCGUGCCAGACUGCAUGGCAAGCCUUAUCGUAGCAAGGCAAGGUAUGGGGGACAUGGCCGUGUCCAACUCCAUUGGAAGCAAUGUUUUUGAUAUUUUAAUUGGCCUAGGCCUCCCGUGGGCUUUGCAGACCCUAGCAGUGAAUUAUGGAUCAUACAUUCGGUUAAACAGCAGAGGACUCAUCUAUUCUGUUGGUCUUUUGCUGGCAUCUGUUUUUGUCACAGUUUUCGGCGUGCACAUGAACAAAUGGAAACUGGAUAAGAAGCUAGGGUGCGUGUGCCUUUCCCUGUAUGGCAUCUUCCUGUGUUUCUCCAUCAUGACAGAAUUCAAUGUUUUCACUUUUGUGAACUUGCCCAUGUGCAGAGAUCACUAACGCACAUCGCAGACUGUCAGGAGGAACGUCCUUCUUACCUGUGCAAUACAAACCACGGCUGGCAUCUCCUGAAUGCGGUGCACCUCCAAGUCGUGAAGUAUAUCCUGUCCAUAGGACCUGUGCCCCAUCUUGGUUUACCCUCUCCCCGACCCCCACAACCUGGAAAAAUCCUGCAUCGAUGUGAAGAUGAAUUUUUUUUUUUUUUUUUUUUUUUUCAACAUUCAUGUGAUUUCUUAGCUCAGUUUUUGAACAGUGACUGGUCUCUAGAUGAACUGGCUGCUAACUGGCAUCAAGCCAGGCAAAACUGGUCUGCUACAAUUCCUUUUUUAAGUUAUUUGAUGGAAGACUAAUCUAAUUUAUGUCUUAAGACUAUUGCUACAAUGCAGAAGAGGGUACAUCAUACAGGGGCUGAUUUUUGAGGAGAAUUCUGGGAUUUUUUUGGUUGUGUUUUUUUGUUGUUGUUGUUGUUGUUGUUACUGUUGUUUGUUUUAGUUGUGGUUUUUUAUUGCCUGAGAUCAACAUCCUGUGUUGCAGCUUCUCCUUCUGAGCUCUGGGUCUCCUGUAAUGAUCCAAAAGUCACAGGGCAGUGUAAUAUGGGAAUUUAAUUCAAGGUACUCAACAUAUGAGUGGAUUGACUGCUUAUUAAAAGAAGACUGUCAAGGCAACAGACAGUGACUGCACCGUAAAUAAUGAAUCCUGUACAGGUGUGAUGAGGAAUGGAAGGUAAACAUGGAUUUAAAGGAUAAACACUGCUACCAUUUUAUUAUUGAUGUCGGCGUUUUAUUAAUAGGCUGUUUGUGGUAUUUCCAAGCAAUAGUUUGAUUGCCAGCCCAGGAGGGCUACGAGGAGACGUCCUGUUUUUCUGUCAUCUACACCUGGAAACGGAAGGUCAGAACUUUAUUUGCUUCAUCAGAUUUCUUGUAGUUUUGGGGGGAUUCUAUAGUUCACGUCUUAUUUGUUCUGAGGACAUCAGUACGUGUCAAAACUUUUCUAAAUGAGUUACAGACACUGGUUUCUUUAAAAGGAAAGAGGCGUAUUUUGCACAGACAUAGUUACUGAAGUCAUUGUUUGCCACUCUUUAAAGAAUACACUGGACCUGGCCAGAUAUUUGUCUUUUUCUUAAACAGUUGAACUUCUCUGAUGGCAGAUCAUGUGGAUUCGUCACACCUCCUCUGGGAGGGAAGAAGAUGGAGAGAGAGAUGGCACUUUUAAAAUGUGUAAUAUCUACAACGCAGACUCGCUCACAGAUCUUAAGUUAUUGUGAAAAUUUAGCUAUUCAUUGUUCCAGUAUCCUUGCUAGAUUUUGUAUAAUUCUGUAUUAAUACACAGGCAGAUCCAACCCCAUCAGGAACACUAUCACAGCUACAUUUGUUUGUAUUGAUACUGUGGAUUCUUGCCAGCGCUGGCUGUUGUAUUUACUUUAAGCACUGAUCACUUCUGAUUCAUUUUUUUCCCCAUUCUUGUAUAUGUUCUACUACAAGUGUGUUAAUAUAAUACCAACUAGAUGAAUGUUUUUGUCUAUGGUACAAGCAAUGGCAAAUAUUGGUAAUAAAGACAUAGCAAACCCUAGGUUUAAAAAAAAAAAA